CAUGGCGGACCAACUUGGUUGGCCGUUCACCAACGAACCUUUACCUGAUUUAUCGGGCACUUUUUCAGCCUCAAGUGAUUUAACUAGCCCGUCAAUUGAAGAUUUAGAUGAAUUCAGCAUUUUAAAUUACAUCAACAGUUGCAACGAUCUAACAGACACAAGUUUAGAGCUGCUCGAUGACUCACAUUCUGUGAAACAUGAGGAACCAGUACCCCAAACCCCUGUUAUGCCAGUUGUGAAACAGGAGGUUCCAGAAUUGCCAAACUUCCCUGUUGACAAUGAGUUCAACUUUGACAACUUAUUGAAUUUCUCCGAUUUGCAAUCUACUCAGAGUCAGACACACCAGCCACAGCAGCAGCAGCCACUGAAGGUAGAGCCACAGUUACAGGUGCAGAAUGCCUCUCCAAAUGUGACGCUGCAGACUGUCCAAAUCUCUCAGGCUCAGCUUCAGCAGCUCGCUCAGCUCCAACAACAGCAACAAGCUCAGCAGCAGGCAAGAUUACAGCUUCAACAGCAAAAACAAAGGGAACAACAGCAGAAGGAGCUGCAGCAGAAACUGCUCCUGCAGCAGCUGCUGCUGCAGGCCCAGACUCCAGCCCCUCAGCCGACCAUCCAGACAUUCACCCAGCAGUCCCUGCUACAGCAGCUUAUACAGUCAUCAUCGGCGGUGCAACCUACUUCAAAUGUGGCACCGAUAACUGUCAAGGCACAGACCACUAGUGUUGCAAGCCCAACAAUUCUCUCGCAGAAGCAAGCUGCAACCCAAGUGAUCACGAAUACAACCUCACCAGCUCCGCAAAAUAUCCAGUCGUUGAACCUACAGCAAGUACAGCAGUUGCAACAGCUCCUACUUCAGUCCCAGAUCGUGAAGACCGAGCCCAAAGUGAGCAUUGUGACCGUUACGAGCUCUGCACCUCCGACCCCUGUGACUACGACUACAGCUCCAGUGCAAACCCUAGUUGCAGGGGGCCUCAGCAAUGGCCAGGCUAUCAUCUCAAACAUACCAGUCCAAGUUGUGGACAGCAAUCGUGGACUUGGCAAGGCCACCACAACGACGGCGUCGGUGUCUGAAAAGAUCCAAAUCUCCCGGAUCAGCAAGCCCUGUUCGCCGCAAUUUCCUCCACGCGGGGAAAAACGAACGGCCCAUAAUGCCAUUGAGAAGAGAUACCGGUUGAGCAUCAAUGAUAAGAUUAUUGAAUUGAAGAACUUGGUUGUUGGAACUGAAGCAAAGUUGAACAAGUCUGCGAUCCUCCGUAAGGCCCUUGAUUACAUCCGGGCCAUGCAGGCCCAGAACCAACGCCUCAAACAGGAGAACAUGCAGCUCAAGUUGGCUAUGGCUAAACAACAGAACACGUGCAUUGAGGACCUCCUGACAAAUGAUAACAAGAUGGACAUCUCGGUCCUCGCCGACACGACGCCACCUCCCUCGGAUGGCAGCAGCUCGCCACUGUACUGUCCCUCUGAAAGUGGGUCACUGCCGCCAAGCCCACCGAGCAGUGAUGAAGACAUGCUGACUGGUGAGACCAGGUCGAGCUUCAUGACCGUGAUGCCUGAUCGCUCACGCAUGGUGCUCUGCAUGUUCAUGUUUGCCAUCCUUGCCUUCAAUCCGUUCAGCGCCAUCUUUGGGUCACGGAUGAAUCUAGGCUCGAGCGCUGACUACGGCCAGGCACAUAGUGGCGGGAGGAUGCUGAAUGCACUUGAAGACGAUGGAAUGGUGUUGUCGUGGUAUGACUGGAUGGUCCCCAAGCUGAUGCUCUGGUUCAUAAAUGGACUGGUCGUGGCCUGCAUUCUGGCCAGGAUCAUGAUAUUUGGCGAGCCCGUCACGGCACCCAAGUCGCAGUCGUCUGUUCUCUACUGGCGCCAUCGGACCCAGGCUGAUGCUGAUUUGAAGAAGGGUGAUUACCAAUCCGCAGCCAGCCACCUGAAGAACUGCCUGACCGCCCUCGGCCGCCCGAUGCCAACGUCAAACUUUGACCUGGUCGCCUGCCUCUUCUGGCAGACGUUACGUCAACUUCUUCACCGCCUCUACGUCGGCAGGUGGAUGGCGAGUAAGAAACUGACCUUCCAGUCGAGUGCCAAGUUGACCGAUGUCAAGACGUCUGCUAAAGAUGCUGCUAUGGUUUACCACAAGCUUCAUCAGCUCCAGUUGACCGGCCACAUUCAGGAUGGACAGAUCCUUGGGCACAGUUUGGCCUUGAGUGCGGUUAAUCUUGCCGAGACAGCAGAGGAGGUGAUGCCGCGUGAAACCCUGGCAGAGAUCUACUUCACCGCUGCUAUUCGCGUGAAGACCAGCUUCACGAGCAACAUGCAGUUCUUGUCGCGUCUGUUCCUGAGUCGUGCCCGCAAUGCCUGCACCAUCACUGGAGAGACCGUCCCCCCAAGCAUGAAGUGGUUGUAUCACCCAGAGGGACACAGGUUCUUCGUCGACAUGAACUGGGAUCUCAAGAGCAAGGAUACGGUUUUCACAUCAAUUGGAGAUGAAACAAGUCCAAUAUCGCACAUCACCCGCGCCUUCAGAGAAUACCUCUUGGAGAAAGCCCUGACCACGCUGAUUGCACCAGACGUCACAGAAGAAAACAUCCAGCCGGCAGACGUCCUUGAGUACCUCCAACUGUUGACAGAUUGCGCUAGUGCUGUGGCUCCGAAGUCAGAGGCUGGCGUCUCCCUGGUUCAAGACGACUGCGUGGAUGAGGUUGCGAGAUGGUGGGCUGCCAUAGCUAGUAUUUCUGUUCACUGGACGACGGGCGACGAGGCUGCUGCAGAGAGGUUCUACAGCACGGCAGAAUCUUUCCCGAAGAAACUGGAGGAGGCAGAGGAUCCAUUGGCCAUCUCCGCCUGGCUGGCCUUCCGAGCUCGCCGAAACAUGAACAGCUCCACCAAGGAGAUCUGCAAUUACAAUUGCUUGAAGCAGUGCGACAAAGCCAGCGUUCUCCUGAGAGAAAGUCUGCGUGUGACGGCGCAUGGUGAUAGCUGCCAAAUAUCUGCUACGGCAGUGCAGUUCAUCAUGAGUGAUUGGCUCCUGUCAACGAGAACGGCUGUUUGGCAGGAUGAGCAGGUCGAGGAUGCGGUCACCCCCAGCACUUGUUCACAGUCUGAGCUACUUGCAUUCCAACAGGACCUCAACAGUUUGAGGAAACUUUCGCAUAAGUUGAGAGCUGCACUUCGUAGGGUUUUCCUCCACGAAGCGACGGCCCGUCUUAUGGCAGGUGCAAGUCCAGCAAGAACACAGCAACUCCUCAAUCGGACGAUACGAAGACGACCUGGAAGCUGUACAGCGACCGUUGAGAGAGAAGGCAGUGAGCCCAUUGAGAAUGCCCUACAACAGCGAGACCGGGCCUCAGCUCUUUUGCUCGCCUACAAGCACCUCCCUGCCCAGCUCCUGGCCAGCCCUGGCCAGCGCACUGCCAUCUUGACCGAAGCAGCCCAAACGUAUGAGAAACUCGGCGAUAAGAAGGCUGUCGAUGGUUGUCAUAUGAUGAUGAAAAAGAUGGAGCGGAUGAGUAUCCCGGCUCCGAUCACUAUUGGCGCAUGCUGAAUAAAUUGCAUCUCUUUGAUGUGGUACUUCGACAGAACGAAGGCUGUCAAAGAUUUGAUUGAAGGAAUGUGAUUGGAGAAAAAGCUUGUACAAUAUGUUGUAUAUUUUAUUCACGGUAAUCCUAAUUUCACCUCAAGUUGGUAGAUAAUGUACCAUGGUUCAUUGUUCAUGGAUAUAUGGACCAGUUGAUCCAACUUGAUCUGAGAUGCACUUGAUAUCAAUGUAGUGUGCUAUCAUUUUUACUUUAUGUUGACUCGCCUUCUUCGGGUUUGUUGUACUUUUUUUUAGGGAGUUCCGUUGUUGUCUUUGCUCAGAAUGCAAGAAUUUGGAAUUCUGAAACACCUCAUUUGCAGAAAAUUACCAUAGCAUAUUAAGUCGUUUCAUCGUACUGUGAACUAUGAAACAGCAGAUCUUGACUAGAAUCCCGAGUGUCCUGUUUCACCUUGCAAUCUGAGCCGAACUAAUGGAAGUAACACAUACUACUUGUAGUUAAUCCUUCUAGACAUUGUAGAAGUUUGGAAUUAUCGAGGCAAACUUGAUAUCAUAACCCAGUUCAUUGUGCUAAAAUGUGUACAGAAUGUGUAUAUCUCCAAUUCUUCAGGGCUCAAAGUUGACUCAUGUCUGGUGUGUGAUCUCCAAUGAAUUUUGUUACAAAUUUUAUAAAUGCACCCGAGUUUUUAACUAAAUCACUUGACCAACACAAGAAACUGAACUUGAGUUGGUAGGAUUCUCUUUCAAAGCAAGGCUUGUUAGACAUGUUAGAGUUGACUUUGGGCCCUACCUUUGUCGACAUGCGCUUCAGCAACAGCUGUGGAAAUGAUUUCGAGUUUCCGGAGUGACGCCAAGCAGAUCUGGCUCGACUCAUUGGUAUCAAAGUUUGAAACGAAUAUAUGAAAAUCUUCCAAGUUCCGUUAGUCUUUUGCUGAAGUUGCAUGUUCCAACUUGUUUGUGCAGUGAUGUAAAACUUGUCCUUUUAUUUUGAGUAUAAUAAUAACUGAUAGCCAGUGUACU